CGGCGGGCCGCGGGGCCGGAACCGCCCGUGCUGCUGCGCCCCGGCCCCGGCCGUGUGGGCCUCGAUGGCGGCGGCGCCGCCGGUCUACGUGUACAGCCCGGAGUACGUGGAGCUCUGCGACUCCCUCUGCAAAGUGCCCAAGCGGGCCAGCAUGGUGCAUUCGUUGAUUGAGGCGUAUUGCCUGCUCGACCAGAUGAAGAUAGUCAAGCCAAAAGUGGCCUCCAUGGAGGAGAUGGCAAGUUUCCACACAGAUGCUUACCUGCAGCACCUGCAGAAGGUCAGUGAGGAGGGGGACGAUGACCAUCCGGAGUCUGUGGAGUAUGGACUGGGUUAUGACUGUCCAGCCACUGAAGGGAUCUUUGAGUAUGCAGCGGCCGUGGGAGGAGCCACCAUCACUGCAGCCCAGUGCCUGCUGGACGGCAAGUGCAAGGUAGCAAUUAACUGGCCUGGAGGGUGGCAUCAUGCAAAGAAGGAUGAAGCUUCUGGCUUCUGUUACCUGAACGAUGCCGUCCUGGGGAUCCUGCGGCUGCGCCAGAAAUUUGACCGUGUGCUUUAUAUCGAUUUGGAUUUGCAUCAUGGGGAUGGAGUUGAAGAUGCCUUUAGUUUCACCUCGAAAGUCAUGACUGUUUCUCUGCACAAGUUUUCACCAGGAUUUUUUCCAGGCACUGGUGAUGUGACAGAUGUUGGCCUGGGGAAAGGUCGCUAUUACAGCGUGAAUGUGCCCAUUCAAGAUGGCAUUCAAGAUGAGAAAUAUUACCAGAUCUGUGAAACCGUGCUGAAGGAGGUGUACGCCGCCUUCAACCCCGACGCGGUCGUGCUGCAGCUGGGGGCCGACACCAUCGCUGGGGACCCCAUGUGCUCCUUCAACAUGACGCCCGAGGGAGUGGGCAAGUGCCUCAAGUAUGUCCUGCAGUGGCAGCUAGCAACUCUUGUGCUGGGAGGAGGAGGUUACAACCUUGCCAACACAGCUCGCUGCUGGACAUACUUGACUGGGGUGAUCCUUGGGAGAACACUGUCCUCGGAGAUCCCCGAUCACGAGUUCUUCACAGAGUAUGGUCCUGAUUACGUGCUGGAGAUCACCCCAAGCUGCAGACCAGACCGCAACGAGCCACAGAGAAUUCAAGAAAUUCUGAACUCUAUCAAAGGGAAUCUGAAGCAUGUUGUUUAGCAGAGGAGUAAGGCUCAGUUUCUGCAAGAGCAUUUCCCAUGGGGAAGACAGCGUAUUUACCUGAGCAACUGGUGAAAUUUGUGGCUGCAGGGAAAAUUUGGAAGAAAUUACUGUUGGUUGGUUAAUUUUUUUUCUCUUUUAAGAAGAAAAGCUGCUGCAGGUCACGAGCACUGUGGCUCUCCCCAGGCAGGAGUGUGGGCCCUCCAGCCACAGCCUUCCUGUGCCGGCAGAGCCUCCCUUGCUCCUUCCCCUUUCCUUUUUUAACACCACAGAGUUUGUUCUCACAACUGAUUUUAAAUGUUUUUUAAGAGAGAGACUGCUCAGAGCUUCAAGCCCUCCCCAGCUGGAGCCCAGAGCCACGUUACCUUCCUGGCAGGGGCACAGCCUCAGAGCUGCCCGCCCGGGAAGCAGAGCCGAGGGCCAGCCUGGGGCACAGGCUGUGUCUCUUACCCACAGAAAGGCACAGCCACUGUGUUUUUAACUGGGAAUUUUUUUUAAAAUAAAAUGUUUGAAAUAUUCCUCCAACCCUUUUCUUUCUUCCUGCACCCACCCUGCCUUGCCAGUGCUCUUUUCCACAGCAUCCCCCCCACCCUGCAAGGCCAUGGGUGGGUUCCUGAAAUCCUGUGCAGAGGGGCCAGACCCUGGGGAUCCUCUCCAGAGUGUUGAGGGAGAUUCAGUGUGGCAGCUCCUAUCCCAGGAGAUCUUGGAUGAACCUCCAGAUGCCCCAGUGCCCCAUGCGAGUGGCCACAAGGCAUCUAAGCAAGGGAACAGGUAAACAGGUACAGAGGUAUCCGGGGCAGAUCUCUCCCGAUGCCUCAGGCCACAGAGCCUGGCCUCUGCUGCUCUUGUCCCCUCAUUGACCUGGCCCACGGAGCUUUUGUUGUGCUGGGAUUUUUUUAAGAUGUCCAGUCACUGUGGGAAAGCAUAUUUCCUGUGGCUUUAAUUAGAUUACUCUGGAAUAAAUAGCAAGAUGAAGGGGCUCCCA